UAGAAUCGUUUUAAAAUGUCCAAAAUCCUUCCAAACCUCAUUAGUAGACACUUUAUAAACCGAUUGUUUCACAUGUAAUUUAAUUAAUAUUUCGCACCAAUGCUUUCAUUCCUAGGCCAGACAUUUAUAUUAUUAUUGUUGUUGCACAUAUUGUGCACAACACGCCAUACAUAAAAUAAUGCCUGGAGCAUGACGCCAUCUACAGACCCCUGGAGGCCAAAUAUGAAUCAGUGAGCGAACUUAGCUGAACGCUUUAGACUUUAGAAGUUCACUUCAAGCGUUCAUGACAGCCUUGAAAACAAAAGCGCGUCUUGUUGCUAUGCCAACAUUGAGCGCUGACAGAGCUGGAAUUGUUAACGUGUCUAACAGUGACCUGAUUUUCUUCUUUUAUUGAUUUAAAGUUAUUAUUAUCCUUCUUGCAAGUCGAAUUGUUUGAUAUCAACGGAAAAAUACAUAGUCUAACGUGAGCUAUAUUUGACGUGAGCUGUACUUCAGUGGGGAGGAAGUGUUUUGUGCAGUGUGCUGACAAUUUUAAAAAGCUAUCACUAAGAAGCAUGAAUCCACUACAUGCAAAAUGGAGACCAGAGCAGCACAGCAAGCGGAGAGAGGAGUGUCUGUACAAGAAACUUCUGAAUAACGCAAGCCAGUGCCUUUCUUUCUCUGAAGAUGUAAUAAGAGAAAUGAGACCCAUUUCAUACAAAGAAAUAGAUUUUAGUUGGCUUUUCCAUGCCACGGGCCCCUUAGCACCAAGUACCAGGUUAAAAAAAAUUAGAAGGAAUAAAGAAAUACACAACCUCAAUAAUCCUUUAACUCAAGAAGCAGGCAAGUCUUCUGUACAAGCCUCUGCAAAGAACGAUGUGAGCGAUGUGUUCAGAAAAACAAACCCGUUCGGGUUGUUGAAUGCGCACACCUGUCUGAGGGAAACUUUUAUAGAGGAUUGGGAAGUCCAGAACAAUAGGUGCCCAGAGUUUGCAGCAAAUACAAAUCAACAGUUACAGCUUAGGAAAAAACACAGGAUAGCGGAUUAUAUUUUUUCUCCAGCGAGCACCAAUGUGCAGAAUCACUUAAACACCAAAAUAAGGGUCAAGCACAUUAAGAUCCCGCAAGCCCCUCGUUUGCAGGAUAUCUUGAAUCCACAUGCCAGCAGCCAUGGCUCUGAACAGAAAAUGGUCUCAGCGGGAACAGAUAAAGCUUUAAAAGAAAAACAGCAAGGGAUGGAUCGUCAGCCUACCGAAAUUGACUACAUCCACCAGCAUGGUCUCAGACCUCUUGAUUUUAAUGGACAGGAUUCUGAGAUGCCAAAACUGUCAGUGGCCGAAAUCUCUGCUCUUCGCUAUGCCGUUGACAAGUGGAGGAUUGCCUGCAACGUCAAAUUGCCAGAGUGUUGCCAGAGAGGUGCCAGUUGGCAGGGUGUGACCCUCAAGAGCCUACAACGAGAUCUUUGUGACCCUAAUUAUCAGGUGCGCCUGGAGGCAAUCGUAACUUGUGCAUCAAGAGCAGUUCAUGGACCACAACAAGAGCUCGACCAUGGCAAAGCAGGUCAGCACUGGAACAGAUUAAAGUUAAAGGCAAUAACUCAGAAGCUGCUGGCCAUUAUUAUCGCAGCCCUCGAUGACCCAGUAAAGAGAGUUCGGAUGGCUGCUGCAGUUUGCCAGUAUGCCAUGAGGAUGCCUAAUGCACACGCCAGAGACAUACUACUAAGCAUGAUUAAGCAAGACCUGUCUGGCGCUGGCACAGACAGCUGGGUGGCAGCACAAUGUUUGGCGAUAGAGGGUAACGCGAGUCAAGCUGUCAUACAGAGACUCCUGUCACAGCACUUCCUCAAAGACGCUCCCUUAGAUCAGGAAAAGUCUAUGAUGCUACUUUCUAAGAUUAGCAGCAAGACGACACUAGUGCGCUCUCUUCUGGCAGAAGAGUUAAACAAUGCUAACUGGACAGCUCGAGUUCAGGCCUGUAACAGCAUUGCCAAGCUCAAGAGUCCAAUCAACAAGGAUGUUUGCACCAAACUGCUCCAUGUGAUGUGGAAUGACUGGAGCUGUGCUGUUCGUCACGCUGCAGCAUUGGCUCUGAGUAAACUGGACGCGGCCAAAGAGAUGCAUGCUGAGCUGAGCACAAAGCUGGAGGAGGGACCGAGCGCUCGCAGAGUAGAAGCGCUGACUUUUAUUGGUCAGCUCAACAUAAUGACACCCACGCUACUGCCCACUUUCCUGCGGUGCUUUAAUGAUGACUGCGAGGCUGUGCGCAAACAAGCCUGCUUGACUGCAGCGUCUCUAAUGAUGAAAGAUCAGUCGGUCUUGGAUCAGCUAAUUAACUUGAUGCAGAAUGAGCCAUUAUGGGAGGUGAAAGUGGAUGCAAUUAAUGCUUUAGGGAAUAUAGGUUGGCUGAAUCCUGCUCUGCAGGAGUUGCUAAUGUGGGCUGUACAUCAUGAGGAGGAGCCCGGUGUGCGCAUUGCUGCAUGUGAGGCCCUGAACAAUCUGGAUACUAAGGGCCUUCAGUUCCAGCAUUUCAUAGAGGAUCGUUAUACACUGGAACCCAACGCUGAGGUGAAGAGCCACAUUGAAUGUCUUCUGAAAAAGCAUGGAUACAGUCUACAGGGAGACCAAAGCAAAAUGAAUGAUAUAAAGCUCCAGGUGAAGCUGAUGUGUACGGAUCACAUCAUUACACAGAAAAUGCUCUUAAUGGAAGAUCGGGAGCAGCAGCAGAUGUUACUGUGCUGAAUUUACAGUUUCAUUUGCUCUACUACACCAAAACAUUAAAAUCUUUCAAUGUGUUACCACCAA